AAUUGAUCAUCCUUCUCAAAUCACACUAAAAGAUUGUAGACAAAUAUCAAUAAGUUCUAAAUCAUUUCAAAUUUCCAAUGGCCAUUUCUAAAGUUCUCUUUGCUUCAUUACUUCUCUCCUUGCUCCUUAUCGAACAAGUUCAAUCUAUUCAGACCGAUCAAGUGACCAGCAAUGCAAUUCCUGAUGCAGCUUAUUCCUACCAGAAAAUAGAUUGUGGGGGAGCAUGUAACGCAAGGUGCAAAUUAUCAUCAAGGCCACAUUUGUGUAACAGGGCAUGUGGAACUUGCUGUGCUAGAUGCAACUGUGUUCCACCUGGCACUUCUGGCAACACUGAGACUUGCCCUUGCUAUGCCAAUAUGACUACUCACGGCAACAAAAAGAAGUGCCCUUAAUCUUUUAAAAUCAUCUACGAUUAUUUAAUUAUUGUUUACUAUACUAUAUGGUUCUGUCCAUAUUGUAUAAAUAUUCCAAUAAUUUACUGUAUUUUUCUUUUUGAGGAAUUGUAUUCAGUCUGUGUGUUAAUUUAUACAUUUGGUGUAAUUUUUGUUCUGGUUUGUAUUGUAUAAUAAGGUGUGGAAUAAACAAAGUUUGUGUAUAGUUUUUA